UGCACGCUGCUGAGCAAAGUGACUGCUGAAUACGGAACCGGUACCGGUGCGGUACUGCCUGAAUUGAUUGGCCGUGGUUUUGCAAAUACCUGAAUACAGGAACACCUCAUAACAGCAUGAACGUUGAACAGGGAUUCAAAUCUGUUGGGGCAUGUGGAUUUUAUCAAGCUUUUCUCUUUUUAUGCAUCGGAAUAAGUGGGAUACCAAUGGCUUGCCAGAUGGUUCUCAUGGUUUUUGUUGGUGCAACUCCCCCAUUAAAAUCCAGUGAAAGGGGGAAAAUGGAGCCUGUAGGAAUGCAAACUAUAGUAGACGAGUGGAAUUUGCGUGGAGAUCGAGCAUACAUUGUUGAUACUCUUCAGUCUAUAUUCAUGGUUGGAGUUUUAUUAGGAAAUAUAUUGAUUGGUCAAUUAUCUGAUAAAUAUGGUAGAAAACCAGUGUAUUUCAGAGUGUUUUUGGGUCUUAUCAUUGUGUCAUUUCUCACAUCAUUUUCAAAUGACUGGAGAAUCUUCGGUGCAUUGCGUUUCUUCGCUGGAUUUUGUCAAGGUGGUGUUGUGCUUGUUGGCUUUGUAUUAGCACAGGAAUUAGUUGGGUCAUCUGUCUGGCCAAUAACAGGGAGCAUACUACCAGCUAUAUUUUCCAUUGGAAUCAUUGUUCUAUCAUUCUUAGCAAGUGUAUUCACCAAUUGGAGGCAUCUGUGCAUUGUGACAUCGGUACCAGCCUUUGUGUUGCUUUUUCCUUACUGGAUUGUUCCUGAAUCACCCAGAUGGUUAUAUUCACAAGGAAAAGUAGCAGCUGCUGAAGAAGUCUUGCAUUAUCUUGCCAGAAAGAAUGGAAGAUCAUCGUCAACUGUUGCCAGUAUUGUAUUGGAGAAAAGGAAAGAAGAAAAAAAAUCUAAUAAGAAUGGAUAUUCAAUCCGUGAUCUGUUUUCAUCGAAAAAUUUAGCAAGGAGAACAUUGAUAAUGGGAUAUACAUGGUUUGUCUGCAGCUUUACAUACUAUGGUCUAACAAUGAGUGCUAAAGAUCUUGCAGAAAGUUUAUAUGUGAGUGUAGCAUUAUCUGGUGUUGUGGAGAUUCCUGCUAUAGUCUUGUGUGGUGCCCUGUUAAACAGAACUUGGGCUGGCCGCAGAAGAUCUCUCAUCGGUUUUGCCAUUUGUGUUGGAAUAUUCUCAAUCUCAAUCAUGUUCUUACCUGAUGCAUCAAAAACAACCACAACAAAGACGGCUCUUGCUCUUGGAGGAAAGCUAGCAAUUUCAGCUGCAUUUGCUCUGGUUUAUAUCUAUGCUUCCGAAUUAUUUCCAACUGUUGUAAGAAAUGUAGGAAUGGGAACGUCAUCAAUGUGUGCAAGGAUAGGUGGAAUAUUGGCACCUUAUGUUCAUUUAUUAACUGCUUUAGGUUCAGCUGCACCUUAUGCUUUAUACGGAGCAUUGUCAAUACUAGCUGCAAUAAUGACAUUCGCUUUACCUGAAACUUUAAAUCAACCAGUACCUGACACAUUAGAAGAUAUAACAGAUGAUUCAACAAGAAUUUCGAAGCCAAAAAUAAAGCUGAAUAAACGUGGAAAGGAUUUGGGUGAUAAGGAAGAGCUUCUCAACAGUUCUGAAAAUGACGAAUUUAUCAAUGCUUAACUCUCACUCUGCGACAGGAGAAGAAGUAUUUAAGAUGGAGGCCUAUAUAUCUGAUCUAAGCACAUCGGAUGUAGCAAGCAUAUAAUGAUAUUUUUAUCAUUCAUGCCAUUUCCCCUUUCUAUUAAGAAUGAAGUAAUUCGACAAAAUUUUUCAUGUCACUGCAAUAAUUGGAAAUCUAAAAAUUUUACUAAAACACCAUUUUUUAGAUUGAUAAUGCCUUUUUUAUAGAUCUCUCUCUACAACAUCGUUAUCAAGUAGCUAAUUCCAAACUUCUUCAAUACUAUCAAUCCUCAUUUCUAUAUUCAUUCUUAACUAUUGAAUUUAGAUCAUAUGUGCCUUAGUUAUAAACAAAUACCAUAUUCAGGCUGGUGUUUUUCAAUCUAUUAUGUAUAUAUUGCAAUGUUUUGUAAUUAUGUCCUUUUCUAUCUAUUUUAUUUCAUAGGUGGUGUAUAUCGUUUGUGUCUGAAAACCUGUAGUUCUGUUCACAGGAUACCCUUUGGAAAGAAUUUUUUACAAUGAAGCACUUGGGGUGCAUCCAAUUUGGUCUAGGAUAAUGGUUACAUUUUGUAUUUUAAAGUUAACGUUAACAUAAUUUACCUUAAAAAUAUUAUGCCUGGCUAUAAUUAUGGUUGUACGGUGGGUGUGAGAGGAUUUGAAAUUUUUUUACCCAGUCACCAUUUGUGUCUAUGAGCUUCUAUGACAUUAUGUUCUCUAUGAAAUCUGAAAAUUGGUAUUUGACUUUAUGUAUAUUUAUCCCGGAACAAAUACCAAUAAUUGUAGUCUAGAUUGUAAGGCCUAAAUUGAAUUUUAAAAAUUUCAAACCUGCAGUAGACAAUUUUUUUUUUUCAAUCUAGCAUUUUUACCAAGAGCAUGGUUGAAUGUUUCAUUUCAGAAAUCAGACAAAAAAUACAAAAUAUUAAUAUUAGAUAUCUUCAAAAACUUGAAAAUGUAUUUGAAAUACGACUUUUCAUUAUAGCUGUUGUUAAAUAGUUUACUUUGAUUUGGCCGAAAGCAUUAAUAUUUUGUAACUUAUCAAGCUAUUCUUAUUUAACAUGUUAUACCCAGCUCAUAUUUCAAGUGUUACUUAUUAGAAUUUUUUGCUUGGUUCUGUGCAUAAGGUACACUUCUGUUUUACUUUCCUCAUACAUAGCGCAUUCCCUAAUUGACAAUUUUAUUUUGCCAACAUAGCGUUAAAUGCAAUUCAAUCACCAGCACAAUCCGUACAUACACAUAGUCUAAAAGUGCAUAUGUCGUUUUACUUUUUUUUCUAAAUUCUGAAAUAUGUUUUGAGAUAGGAGUUUGUUAAUUAUAGGAAAAUCAGCUAUAGGAUCAUCAGCUAUAUGGGUAAGUUUAAUUCGCGAUUGCCUUUUGAUGCUCUUUGUCUUGUCAUUAACGACAUAUAUAUAUAAUUUAUGUUUCCCAUUAUUUGCUUUUGUGUAGCAAUUUCUAUACGGUAUCUAUACAACGCAAGUACACAUGUGAUGCAAUAAUAGAUUAUAAUAUUAUUUUAAUGGUUUUAUUAACGCUCACAAGAUAUUUAUCAUGUUAUUGUGUCUGAUUAUUGGUAUUGUUGAUGAAGACGUUGAAUAAACUGAGUAACACUAAAUGCCAAGUCAAUG